AUGGAUCGUGCAAAGACGAUCCACGCAACUCAGGUAACUAGCAAUAGGACACUCAGUGGGAAUACAUACAUCCAUACUAUCAGAUGAGCAGAGCUGGCACCGUUUUAACCAUAAAAACUACUUGCAAAGAAAUAUGGUGUUAGUCAACCAGACGUCUAAACUAAUCACUACAUCUGAAUACCAGUGAGUAGGUGGAGAGGUACUAGUUAAUAUAACUUAACUCUACAGUCUGCCAAAAAGAACUGGUGAAAUCACUAAGUGGACAUAUCUCCUUGUGUGAAUCAAAAGUCCUAUAGAUGAAAUGAAGAAUUCUGACUAAUACACACUCGCUAGGUUACCUACAAUCUAAAGAAGCUCCUCGAGCUACCCCCUUUGCUUAAUUAACAAAUACGAAAUAACAUCUAAACACUCAUAAGCUCCAUCAGCCUAAAGCCCAAAUACAAUAAAGAAAAUAAUAGUAGAAAAAGAAGCGUUAAAAACCCCCGAAGCGCGUUUCGGCGCUACUGUAAUGCGCCUUCGUCUGGGGCUAGUAAGAGGUAAGAGCCUCCCAGGAUUCCAUUUUUAAAAGUCUGCGCCAAUUCAUUAGGUACGCCCCUCUAGAGAAGUCAUCCAAUCAAAAUUAACGAUGGGCGUGCUUAGAGAGAAUCACCACAUCCAAACACUAUGGCGUGGGAAAAAUUAAUGAAAACAACUAUACUAAUCGAUCCUAAAGGUCCAUAUCUGUUAAUCGUCACAACUUAUUGUAAUAGAGUCUGUUAAUAUAGAAUACACUGCUGUCUAGAGGUUAUUCAAAGUAAAGGAGGUAAUAACUCUCCAAUGAAUAUCCAAAUGACAUUAUAGGAGCAUGAAGAUUCGCUCGCUAAAUGUGAAAGACACUGUUGCCGAUCAUAGAGUGAUACAAAUAUGAAGACACAAUCUUUUACACUUAGCGAGCAGAUCUUCGCACUCUUAUACGACAUUUUGAUAUUCAGUGAAGUGUUAUUAGCUCCUUGAUAUUGAAUAAUCUCUAGAUAGCAGUGUACUUUAUAUUGACAAUUACAGUAUGAUUGUGUGGCGAAACCAACCUCGCCACUGUGAACUGGAGAAGCCUGGUUGCUCGCCUGCUCCCUUUGGACUAUGGCCCUGCAGGUUAAACUGUUUAUUUCCCCUGCAGAAAGGCUUAUUUGUGUGAUCUGAGUGCCAUUCAUCUAAUAAUGUGCACUCAGAUCCCAGCUAUCUGGGGAUAUGUGAAAUGUCUGUGUGUUAUGUGUAAAUGUGACUUUAUGUAUUUUAAAGUGUUUUGUGUCUUUUUGCAACCAUGUGCUUAAUGGAGUCUUGUGUCUGUCCUGGGAGAUAAUUGAAUUACUUAUCUCCAGGAUAGAAGACUCUGAAACUGGUUUGGGCCAGAAAGCCAUGCUUCAUUUAGUCACAAAGGACUUUUUACUAACUUUUGAACCCCUUGUCUGAUUUGUGCCAUUUUGAAUAUGUUGUUCCCCUGAAUGGAUUGAUUGUGAAUAUGUAAUUUUAUGUGAAUGUGAUGUAUGGUUUUGGAGUUAUGAAAGUUGGGUAGAAAGUAUGUUUUAACUGUAUGUAUAAUUGAGUUUCCUCUCAGGAUAAGGGGAGGGAAUAUGUGGGAUGUAACUGUGAUGUGAUUGGUUGUUUUGUAACGCCCUGUGGGCUGUACCUGUUUUGCAAGACUGUAAUAAAAACCAGGCUGGGUGUGCCAGCACCUGAGUUCCUGUUUUAACCCUCAAAGUGAAGUGUCGUCUCAUUAUUGGGGGAAGGAUUUAUUGUAUGCUGUUCCAGUUUGACUGCUAGGAGAGUAAACCUAUUCGUAUGGUUCCUAUUCAACUGUCUACAGCAUUCAUAUGCUUGAGAGGAUUCAUAUGCUUCUCCGGUUCGGUGGUUGUGGUGUCUGCUGCAGUGCUUGGAGUCCUCAGGAAGCGCUAGGAGCAUCCUUUCAACGGAGGUACCCAGUCGGGGUGCCAGGCGAUCCGUUACAUUGGUGGCAAGCGGUGGGAUGGCGUCCUAGUGCGAGGUAAAGCAGCUCGGAGACACAGUUCGUGGAUUUACAAAUUGAGGGCAACGCUAGUACCCGUACAGCGACCCUAUCUACAAAAGAACUAACUUCAGCAGAGCAAGCAUGGCGUAUGACUACACUCAGGAGGAGUUUGACAGAGAGGUUAAUGAGGUGCUGUCUACCUUUGGACCCAACCCCCCAGAGAGAGCCGUGCAGCUCGCCAGGAAACUAGUAGGAGAAUACCUGCAAUCUCUAGUAGAUUUGGCCAAAAAGGAGUCCCAGGGAGCCAAAGGUGUCGUCCUUCCUCCCCAGUGGCAGUGUGUGUCCCAGGGAGCUGAAGGUGCCGUCCUUCCUCCCCAGCGGCAGUGUGUAUCCCAGGGAGCUGAAGGUGCAGUCCUUCCUCCCCAGCGGCAGUGUGUAUCCCAGGGAGCUGAAGGUGCAGUCCUUCCUCCCCAGUGGCAGUGUGUAUCCCAGGGAGCUGAAGGUGCAGUCCUUCCUCCCCAGCGGCAGUGUGUAUCCCAGGGAGCUGAAGGUGCAGUCCUUCCUCCCCAGCGGCAGUGUGUAUCCCAGGGAGCUGAAGGUGCAGUCCUUCCUCCCCAGCGGCAGUGUGUAUCCCAGGGAGCUGAAGGUGCAGUCCUACCUCCCCAGCGGCAGUGUGUAUCCCAGGGAGCUGAAGGUGCAGUCCUUCCUCCCCAGCGGCAGUGUGUGUCCCAGGGAGCUGAAGGUACAGUACUUCCUCCCCAGCGGCAGUGUGUAACCCAGGGAGCUGAAGGUGCCGUCCUUCCUCCCCAGCGGCAGUGUGUACCCCAGGGAGCUGAAGGUACCGUCCUUCCUCCCCAGCAGCAGUGUGUACCCCAGGGAGCUGAAGGUGCCGUCCUUCCUCCCCAGCGGCAGUGUAUAUCCCAGGGAGCUGAAGGUGCAGUCCUUCCUCCCCAGCAGCAGUGUGUACCCCAGGGAGCUGAAGGUGCAGUCCUUCCUCCCCAGCGGCAGUGUGUACCCCAGGGAGCUGAAGGUGCAGUCCUUCCUCCCCAGCGGCAGUGUGUACCCCAGGGAGCUGAAGGUGCAGUCCUUCCUCCCCAGCGGCAGUGUGUACCCCAGGGAGCUGAAGGUGCCGUCCUUCCUCCCCAGCGGCAGAGUGUCCUGCAGGGAGCAGAGACCGUCAGUCUCGCACCCCAACCACAGGACAAAAUAAUGAAAGGGGAGACAGCUGGUCCCCCUCUCCACCAGCAGAGAGAGUGUCAGGGAGAGGAGCCUGAUACCCCUUCUCCCCAGCGGCAGUUUACAGUUCAGAGAGAGGAGCUUGUUACACCCUCUCUCCAGCGGCAGCCUAACCCAGCAAGGGGAGAUGUUACACCCCCAACAGUGCAGAUGGGACUGUAGUCUCUGCACUUACAGCACAAGGGGUAGGGACAGUCGGUCCUGUUCCCCAGCCACAGAGCGGUGUAUCCAGAGGGGAGACAGUCGGUCUCUCCCUCCCACAACCAGGCUCCCACCAGGCUACUUCCGUGGUAGCACUGGCAUCAGGGCAGAGUACCGCUGGUCUCUGCCCACUCAGCAACCCACCAAGGCAGCCUAACAGUUGCCCACACAGUCGUGGUGAGGCACCUGGACAUGGACAAAGUUCUCCUCUACCCAGGUGUAGUAACCAGUUAUUGUGGGUGGGCUGUACUGCUGUUUCUGUUUUGUGGGUGGGUUGCUGGACUAACCAGGGCACUGACCGGCAGGAGGUCAGAUACCCUGUUAGUCUAGUUGGUAAAGGGGAGAAGUGUGGCGAAACCAACCUCGCCACUGUGAACUGGAGAAGCCUGGUUGCUCGCCUGCUCCCUUUGGACUAUGGCCCUGCAGGUUAAACUGUUUAUUUCCCCUGCAGAAAGGCUUAUUUGUGUGAUCUGAGUGCCAUUCAUCUAAUAAUGUGCACUCAGAUCCCAGCUAUCUGGGGAUAUGUGAAAUGUCUGUGUGUUAUGUGUAAAUGUGACUUUAUGUAUUUUAAAGUGUUUUGUGUCUUUUUGCAACCAUGUGCUUAAUGGAGUCUUGUGUCUAUCCUGGGAGAUAAUUGAAUUACUUAUCUCCAGGAUAGAAGACUCUGAAACUGGUUUGGGCCAGAAAGCCAUGCUUCAUUUAGUCACAAAGGACUUUUUACUAACUUUUGAACCCCUUGUCUGAUUUGUGCCAUUUUUGAAUAUGUUGUUCCCCUGAAUGGAUUGAUUGUGAAUAUGUAAUUUUAUGUGAAUGUGAUGUAUGGUUUUGGAGUUAUGAAAGUUGGGUAGAAAGUAUGUUUUAACUGUAUGUAUAAUUGAGUUUCCUCUCAGGAUAAGGGGAGGGAAUAUGUGGGAUGUAACUGUGAUGUGAUUGGUUGUUUUAUACCUCCCUGUGGGCGGUCCUGUAUUUGCAAGACUGUAAUAAAAACCAGGCUGGGUGUGCCAGCACCUGAGUUCCUGUUUUAACCCUCAAAGUGAAGUGUCGUCUCAUUAUUGGGGGAAGGAUUUAUUGUAUGCUGUUCCAGUUUGACUGCUAGGAGAGUAAACCUAUUCGUAUGGUUCCUAUUCAACUGUCUACAGCAUUCAUAUGCUUGAGAGAAGGUAUACGCUUCUCUGGUUCGGUGAUUGUGGUGUCGGCUGCAGUGCUUGGAGUCCUCAGGAAGCGCUAGGAGCAUCUUUCAACGGAGGUACCCAGUCGGGGUGCCAGGCGAUCCGUUACAAUAGUCACUCAGAUCAGGGCUAUCUGGGGAGAGGGUUCCAUAUAUUUUGGUGGUACUUUUGGGUGUCUCAGAGCGUGUGGUCUUUUAGAGCGAUCACAUGGCCCGCGGGGGCCUAAUUUGCUGAGGGGGGACUCUCUGGGCUGUCAGGCAGCCCCAGACCAGGAGCAACACCGGCAGGGGAACAACGGCGAUUGGUUAAGUGCAUAGGACGGCUCAUAUUUGCGGUCCUAACCUUACUCUCACUAACUCAUGUUUAUUCCCUCACUUAUUUAACCUUACUCUCACUAACUCACAUUUACGCGCUCACUUAUUUAACCUUACUCUCACUAACACACAUUCAUUCCCUCACUGAUUUAACCUUACUCUCACACACUCAUGUUUACUUGGUCACUUAUUUAACCUUACUGUCACUAACACACUUUCAUUCCCUCACUUAUUUAACCUCACUCACAUUUACUCCCUCACUUAUUUAACCUUACUCUCACUAACUUACAUUUACUCACCCACAGGAUGGCAGACUCACCAAUACUCAGCUUCAAAAGCUUUUAGCCAGUCUGUUCAAUGAGUUUGGUAAGUGAUCGUCAUUGCUAAUACUCUGUUUCCGGAUAAGGCAUUGUCCACAAGGGAUCCAGGAGCUUCUUUUUAAAAAUAAUAUUGUUAAAUAGAGAUGUCGCGAACUGCUCGCCGAACUGUUCGCAAACUGUCCUCCGGCGAACAAUAGCGUGUUCGCCUUGGGCGAACAUAUACGAUUUCCGGUCCGCCCCCUAUUCGUCAUCAUUGAGUAAACUUUGACCCGGAACCUCACAGUCAGCAGACACUUCCUGGGAGGGAGGGUCUGCUGCUGAUUGGCUGGAAUGUGUCUGCUGACUGUGAGGUUCCGGGGUCAAAGUUUACUCAAUGAUAACGAAUAGGGGGCGGACAGGAAAUCGUAUAUGUUCGCCCAACGCGCUAUUGUUCGCCGGCGGACAGUUCUCAAACAGUUCGGCGAGCAGUUCGCGACAUCUCUACUGUUAAACAGUUUUUUAAUAAAGACAAAUGCCAUUCCCACCAUGCAAUAGUGCUAUUUCACCGGGAUAAUGCUGGUUACCUUUAAUAACCUCUCCUUGCCUCCUGUUUCUUGUUACCUCAGGUUACCACUAGAGAUGUCGCGAACUGUUCGCGAACUGUCCACCGGCGAACAAUAGCGUGUUCGCGUUGGGCAAACAUAUCCGAUUUCCGGUCCGCCCCCUAUACGUCAUCAUUGAGUAAACUUUAACCCGGAGGGAGGGAGGGUCUGCUGCUGAUUGGGUGGAAUGUGUCUGCUGGCUGUGAGGUUCCGGGUCAAAGUUUACUCAAUGAUGAAGUAUAGGGGGCGGACCGGAAAUCGGAUAUGUUCGCCCAACGCGAACACGCUAUUGUUCGCCGGCGGACAGUUUGCGAACAGUUCGGCGGACAGUUCGCGACAUCUCUAGUUACCACCUCUCGUUACCACUGGAUUAUUCCUCUAUAAAUAGUAAAUUACCCCCUUUCAUUACCUCUUGUUACCCCUUCUCAUUACCUCUGGUUACCCCCUCCUAUUACCCCUAGUUACCCACGGUCAUUACGUCUGAUUGCCUCAAGUUACUGUUUCUACAGACCUUUGAAAAUUUAAAGGAACAAAUAUGUAUUCCUGACCCUAUAGUGUUAAAACCACCAUUAUUGACCCACCCCCCCUCCUGCUUUGCCCACCAAAUAUGUUAUAAUCUUACCUUUAUUCCAGUCUGCUGCUGCUGGCACUGCCCCCUAUCUGCCUUCUUGGCUGACAUUAUCAGAAUUGUUGCUCAUAUCCAAUUACAAUACUUUUACCAUAUGAUUGGCUGAGUCAAGGAGGCAGAUAAGGGGCAAUGCAAGCACAAGUCAAAAACAUCCCUGGUCAAUCAAUGGAUCUUUAUGAGGAAAGUUCAGUGUCUGCAUGCAGAGGGUGGAGAAACUGAAUGUCAGUACUGCACUGUGUGCAGCACUACCCCAGGAAGCACCUCUAAUAGCCAUCUGAGGAGAGUCCAGUGGAGGUAUCCCUAGGCUGUUAUAUAAACACUGCAUUUUAUAUGAAAAUACAGUGUUUACUACAAAAAGCCUGAAGGGGCUGAUUAUACUCACCAGAACAAAUACAAUAAGCUGUUGUUCUGGUGACAAUAAUGCCCCUUCAAUGCUAUUUUCCCAGAUUUUUUGUGGCCCAGAGUGUCUCUUGCAUAUUAAAUAUGAAAUGUAUGGAGGUGAACACUACUAUAAUGCCCCUCCCUCAGCUGGCACAGGGGCACUGACUGACCUCCAUUAGGGUGUCUGUAUCAGAGUAGUAGCAGUUGCUGGCAGUGACCCACGGUUCAUGUAAUAUUACUAUUUUUAUGCACAGCUAGAAGGUAGACUAUUUGUGCUAGCCAUAUUAUGAGAAUAUACGAUAUAUCUGAUAUGAUCUGGGUUAUUUUUCUCCCCACAGCACCCACUCUGCCUAGUUUCACCUUGGAUAUGUGCCGCUGCCUUCUUGCUUCCGUGGAUGUAUCCUGAAAUAUGAACAUUCCCCCGGUGGUGUGUAGACCAUCAGUGGUCCAGCACCUAUGCAUCCAUUAUCAGAGUGGUUGUACUGUCCUCCUUCUAAACUCCAGAAACCAUUAUCAACGCCCUCAGCGGCAAUACCUGCGGUUAUUACACCGCUGUCUGUUCUCUGAGAUUAAAGGGUUAUUCUAGUGUGACCCUAAAUUAUCUAUAUUAUGAUUAUUGGCAGUGCCUUACAACAAUAUAAAGGGGGAAGUUAACAGGAAAUUAGAUAAACUAGUCGAAUUGUGACAGUAAUGAUGGGUUGAUGAGGAUCCUGCUCCAAGGAGCUUACAAUCUAGAUAUUUGAAUUAACUAUGUAGAUUACACAUUACAAUAUUGCAAAAUAAAAUAACAAAAUUAAAAUUUUACUUAUCUUAAAGAGUCCCAGAGCUGCAAGCGGAAUACAGAGCAUGUGCCCUUUUAAACACAGCAACAUUCCUGUGGUUUCCACGGUGAUUGCUUCACUUUGACAGAAUUGCAUCUUCUAGGUGCAGCCUGGUGUGAGACAUUGCAGACCAAAUAUGAGAUAGAAAUGGGGUUCUACGUUCAGAUAGCGUGUAGUCUUUACCUCUGUUUAUCCUGAACAUUUAAUAUGGAAUUCCCUGCUUUGAUGAGUACAGUACGCAGUAGAUGUGACAAUUGUGCCCCUGUCCCCUCAUCAUUUCUCUUCUGUUGUGAGUCCAUAACUCCUGCCAGACAGCUGCUGUGGGUUCCAUAGACUAUGAGCAGUUUACUGAACUCUGGAAGGCCAUCUCAACUGGGACGGUGAGUACUGUAUCCACCCUCUCAAUAUUAGAACCUGCAGUGAUAGCAAUAAAGCAACAAAGAUUUGUAUCUAUCUGCAGCGCAUAUUCUAUAACAUGCCCAGGCAGGAGGAUGGCAAACUUGGCAAAGAUCAGAUUGUACCAGCCCUGCAGGCCGCAGGUAAGAAAUUCGUAAAGUUCAUUCAUUAAAAAAAAUCUUUAUUUUAAAAAGUUUAUUGAUUAUGUCCAAGUACAGGGGGCUACAGUCCCUUUAAAACCCAAUUAGAUAUAUGUGAAAAAUCCAAUAAAUAAGAUAAAAUAAAAAUACAAUAUAGUAAAACAAUACAAUACGCUGUAGUAAUACAAUAUGGUAUAAUACUGUGACAGAUCCCCUGUUUUACCUUGACUGGUCUGGUAUACGAAUACCACCGAACAGAUUGGACAAUUUUGGUUUGUAUAAUGAACAAUAUACCAAAUGGAUAGACCACUCAGAACAGUUGUAUGCCGCUCAUUAACCUGCCUUCCGGUUUAAUACGGCCCUGCAGUUAAUUUGGUAAAUCUAUCUGUUGUGGCCCCAGUGAAUCCCCAAGCGCCGCUCAGGACCCCUAGGAUCUCUGGAUCUUUGAACGCAGUGGUCCUGAGCGAUGCUCGGGGAUUCACUGGGGGCAAAGAGAUUGCGAGAACGCAGACGGACGUGCAAUGACCUCAGUCUGCAUUGUCGCAAUCUCUUGGACGUCACGGGAUCGCAGGAUUUAGUGCGCACGUGUCAGGGUACCUGUUGGUGAUGUAUCCAGGGAGGACAUCCUCUCUGCUUAGGGGCUCCCUUCCCCUAGCAUUUCGGCAUAUUUCGGCCGUUUUCGCGCCGGCCGCGCUAGCUCCUCCCCCUUUUAUGACGCGACGGCUAGCGUCGACGUCAUGACGUCGGCAUUUGCAUAAAGUGCCGGGAACCGCUAUUCCGGACCUUUUGGGGGCGUGGUCUCUAUUUAGGUAACAGGGUAUUUAAAGGAAACCUUUACUACUGCUCAUUGCCCUGUCGUGGUUCUAGCUUGCUAGUCACUCAGCGCGUUCUUUAUCUUGUGUUUCCGGUUUUGACCCUUGCUUGUCUUUUGUCCUGUUGUCCUCUCCUCUCCUUUGACUCGGCUUGUAUCUCGCUUACCUGUCCUCCGGCUCCCUUGACCUCGGCUUACCUUUUGACUAUUCUUGCUUUGUCCUUACGUUAGUCCGGCCAUUCUAAGGUCCGGUAUACGUACCUCCUUCUGUGCGCACUCUGCGUAUUGGAUCCCUGUCAGUUUCCUGACAGCACGAUUGCAGAAUUUGGUUCCUUCUCCCUGCUGGAACAAAACGAAUGGACAGCAUAAAAAGGUACAGAAUAAAGAGGGAUAGAAUAAAAAGGGACAGAAUAAAAAAGGACAGAUUAAAGAGAGAAGGGACAGAACAAAGAGGGACAGAAUAAAGAGAGAAGAGAUAAAAUAAAGAAAGGAGGGACAGAAUAAACAGAGAAGGGACAAGGGACAGAAUAAAGAGAGAAGGGGAAGAAUAAAGAGAGAAGAGACAGAAUAAAGAGAGAAAGGGCAGAAUAAAGAGAGAAGGGGUGGAAUAAAGAGAGACAGAACAGAAUAAAGAGAGGAGACAAUAAAGAGACAUAAUAAAGAGAUCUGAGACAGAAUAAAGAGAUGAAAUGAAAAGUAUGCUGUUUGCAAAAAACUUUGCAUAAAAUAGUUCAUUUACAUUUAAUUUUAAUGGUUCAAAGAAUGUCAGGCAAAAUGGUUGGCCCUCACGCAUGUUCACGUCAUCAGAUAUGGCUCUCUUUGAAAAAAGUUUGGACACCCAUGUGCUAGAGGAAGUGGGAUAUAGUGAUACAAAAGGUAUAAAUAGGGGUAACGAAAAAGGUUGCUAGAAAAGUGAUCACUGAGAACUUAGUAGAUUAUUUUUGACAGUUGCAAGAGAGGAGUCAUGAGGGCGCAGGCUGACAACCUGCUAACAGUUUCACUGAUAUGCUUCCUGAAGAAGUGUGUUUUCAAAAUUUUAAGGAGUGGGUGAAAGUCUAAUAGAGAAGGGAAGGGAGUUCCACAGAAAAGGUGCAGCCCUGGAGAAGUCUUGGAGGCGAGCAUCAGAGGUGGGAGUACGGGCAGAGGAUAGACGUAGGUCUUCGGCAGAGCGUAGGGGGCUCGACGGGACAUACUUGUGUAUUAGGGAGGAUAGGUAGAUUGGAGCAGCAAUAUGUAGGGACUUGUAAGCAAACACCAAAAUCUUAAAUUGAGCCCUAUAUCUAACUAGAAGACAAUGCAGGGACUGACAGAGCGGGGAGGCGUGAGAGGUGCGGGCAGACAGGAAAAUGAGCCUCGCUCCUGCGUUCAUUAUAGACUGAUGCGGUGCAAUCUUGGAGCACGUAAGACCACUGAGAAGUGGAUUGCAGUAGUCAAGGCGAGAAAGAACAACAGCAUGGACAAGCACCUUAGCUGCGUCCGAUGGUAAAUAGGGGCGGAUGCAAGCUAUGUUUUUGAGAUGGCAACGGCAGGAUUUGGCGAUUAACUGGACAUGAGGGGUGAAGGAGAGGUAGGAUUCAAAGAGAAAACCUAGGCAGUGAGGUAGAGGUGAUGGUGGCGCCGUUGACUUGGAGGGAGACAGACACAGGAGUAGCAACACUUGAGGGAAGAAAGACCAGAAGUUCUGUUUUGGACAGUUGGAGCUUAAGGAAGUGAUCCGCCAUCCUGUAGCCCAUGGAUCACCGCAGCUAAGAGGAAUAGGCCUUGACAGAGCCAGGAGGUAGACAUAGCAGCCACAGGGAGUUAGUGACAGCUAGCAUGCUGGGUAGGGCGGAGCCAUAAGGGGAGUAUUUAUACCAGCCAUUAUAUGAAGUGGCCAUUUUAACUGAACCUAAGCUUACCUGUCAGUUGUGAAAGCUGCCUGCCCUGGAGGGAGAAGGCAGCAGCAUGGAGGCAGCAUAGAAGAACAGGCAGCAUGGAGGCAGCAUAGAAGAACAGGCAGCAUGGAGGCAGCAUGAAGGCAGCAUGAAGGCAGCAUGAAGAACAGGCAGUACUGAGACAGGAGGCAGCAUGGAGAUACAGGAGAGGCUGGAGUGAGCUGCUACUACAUGAUCACUCCCAUGAGCAGCAUGGAGGCAGCAUAGAAGAACAGAGGCAGCAUGGAGGCAGCAUAGCAGAACAGGCAGCAUGGAGGCAGCAUAGAAGAACAGGCAGUACUGAGACAGGAGGCAGCAUGGAGGUACAGGAGAGGCUGGAGUGAGCUGCUGCUGCAUGCUCACUCCCAUCAGCCUCAGACAGAACUCCAAGCAAGCCACCAUCCUGGUCACAAAGGUUGUGGCAGAAUCGGGGCUGGUGGCUGCAGGAGCAGCUGGGGGGCCCCGAGCACGUCUGCUACCCCCCCCCCACGCGGCGGUGGAACAGAGGCCAGCAAGGAGAGCGAGGACGCCCCAGCGGCAGCCUGUGAGUGACAUCGUUAGUUCGGCAGCCCGUGAGCCUGUCAGGAGGCGGCAAGGGGAAGGCUGAAAAUGAGGUCGGAAAGCAGGCAGGAGUUGGAGGGCGGCUGGCGCCGUAUGUUCGACGCGGCGCCGGUCAGGCAAGACGGCAGGUCAGGAUGAGGCCGCACAGGAAGAGCGCCCCCUGCAAUAAGGCGGGGGGGCGGGAAAGCACAAAGGACAGCGGAAUCCAGCAUGACAUGAUGGCCGCCAGGCAGGGAGAGCGGCAAGAGGCGUCCUGGUGAGUCUGCCCCUGGUGGCAUACCUGAGUGACAGGGGGAAUGAUGCAAGGGCCCAGCAGUGUAAAAGCGGUCCCCCCCCCCCAAUGGGCAGGCGGGGGGGGUCCAGGUCGGCGGGACACAGACGGAGGCGGCCCUGGAUGGGGCCAGGGUCAGGUCAGAGGUGAAGGAAGGGGAUAGUGAAAGCAGCAGGCGGAGUCUUCACAGGUGCAGCAGAGCAGCUAUGGAGGGGAAGGCCAGCAACCAGGAUUAAAGGGGCCACAAGUGGAUGAGGCGACCGGGGAGAGGCCAGGUACUGCAAGCAGAGGGCAGAAGAGAGGACAUGGACGGGUGGAAAUGGACGCAAGGCACAGAGGCAAGCGGGAGCCCCCUGGGGGGCGUUCUCAGGAGCAGGAACACAGGAGGAGCAUCAGCAGGUGUGAGUACGGGAGGGAGCAGCGCAACGACAAUGACAAGAACAACAGCAGCGGGAGGUCGGAUGAGGGAUGGAGGAGCAGGUCGAGGAGUGUUACUUUUACGGGCUUGAGGCUGCACCAGCGCGGACAGGAGUCGGCAUCCACCGGAUACUCCAGAGCCUGGCAAGGUGGAUGGAAGGACAGAGCAGAUGGGGGUUCGGGCGGUGAGUCAAUAAACACACCACACUUUUUUAAAUUGCAAAAAUCAUUUUAGAGUCAUGAUCAAGGAAAAAGGGGGCCGUCUCGCGGUGCGGAAGGGUGGGGUCACCAGAGCGCACUCGGGAGGCCGAAGUAAGGGUGGUGGUGACGGCGUGACGGGUAAGGGAAGGGAAAUACGGUGUACCGGUACCGGGGACAUCUGACGGGGCAGGAGAACAGUUAGAUGUGUGGCAAUAUUCCAGGCGCGGCGCAACAAAAUGGGUAUGUGUCCUUCGCGGGGACAUUGGGGGGGCACUUGAAGGCGGAGGAUAAGAUUUGAUAAAGGGGAUUUGAAAAAAAAACAAAAAACAUUUCCUGUCUUCCACUCGAGGAGUUCAUUGAUUUAAAAGGGGUGGUUUCUAACGAUGGUGCAGGAAAUGCGCUCUUUCCGGGGGCUGCCGGUGCACCCCCAGGAGGUGCGGUGCUUGCUGGACAGAAGAAAGGUCAGUGAAACUGGGGACCGUUGGGUAGGCUUCGAUACGGGUGUUCCGGAGGCGGUGGGAGUCACGGUGUCAACUGACGCGUCAAGAAAGGAAAACCUAAGGCAGGAAGGGUACUCGGCAGGAGCGGCACCAGUGAUGAUCAGUGCAUUGCUGCUGUGGCUAAGGCAGUAAGCCUCCCAUGAAUGCGCUAGUUUUAUGGAUGGGAUUGUUGAGGGGGUUUACGCUAUUCCAUUCAAAGUCAAGGGACCAGGAAAAGUGGUGGCCGAAUAUCAAGUCCAUGGGGGAACUUCCGCGCCAUUAGCGGACCUGUGGGUGUCUCCAUGGGGGGGUGGUCUCAUAGAAAUGGGCGGGCAAAUUCCGUCCGAUACAAAACUUAACGCACCUGAAAGGGGCAUCGGUAAAUGAGGACAUCGCCGCGGAACUGUUCUGUAUCAUUGGCAUCAUUCGGCCUUGCCGUCGAGUUGGUUUGGGGGAACAGGAAGCGUUCGAUUAUUGGCGACCCUUCCAUCUUUUGGGUUGCAUGUUUGCAGGUUCCUAUUGGUAACCACUACUUGCCAAGGGGCAGUUCCAUUCAUGUUCCUACUUCGGGAAGUUGGAUCCGUCUGGGAGUGGGAGGUGAAAGAGGAAUCAGAAAGGGGUUCCUUAGUACAUUAUCUGUAAGAUAGCUUGCUGUGUGGGCUCGGCUGGGCCAGGACGUUGUGGACAUACCUUAUGGUCGCGGGAAUCCUACCGCACGUCUUUGCUUGGGCUGGAAAUUGUUUCGGUGGUAGGAGAGUGUCGAUUGCCUGGGGUUCAGUUGACUUCACUUCGGGAGUUCAGGCUGAAGGUUCGCAGGUCCAAGAAGGUCACUGAGAAAUCGCAGUUGUUCAUAAGGCAGUUUCAAGUUGCAUGUCGGGUUAGUCGCGAGGACUGGGUCGGUAACCAUGUCAUGGCGAAGGCUACUUGUGGAGCCUUUGCGGGUGGUAUCGAGUUGUUCACGGAUACCUCUGGGAACAUAGAGUCCGGGGCAUACCUGGAAGGCAGGUGGUGCACAGAGCGGCGGUGGGAGGCAUGAAAGGUAAGUCCUCUUAUUCGAAGUUGGCAUCUUUUGAGUUAUUUCCAUUGGGAGUGGCUGUGGCUCUAAAAGGUGAAGUAUUAAGGGAUGAAAAGUCAUAAUUCACGCACAAUACGGCGGGGUUCAUGUGGUUUACCAUCCAGCCGGGACCUCGGUUCAGGAGGUACGCUGAUGGCGGCGAUUCGUAUCACUGUUCAGGUAUCGGGUGCAGGCACGCCAUGUGCCUGGUUGGCGGAAGGUAGGGGCUGGUUACUUGGCUCGCGCACAAGGGGACAAGCUGCGAAUGGCGGCCCCAGGGGGCGCGGGAGGAGGGACAGUCCGGUCUGGAGGAAAUGUGGCAGCUUGAGACGCCAUGCUUGGAGGAUCGAUACAGAAUCCUAUGGCACCGGGCACAGGGACUGCCUAUGUGAACGUUUGAGAUAUGUGGGACAAGGCGGUUGGUUUCACUGUGGGGGCCCAGUCAAAGGAGGAGCGAAGGGAUACCUUGCUGUGGUUCCUAAGCCGUGUGUUCGUUCAGCGUUAGCUCCAUCGGCAAUGGACAGGAGCAUGGCGGCAUUGUUGUUAGGGUUCAAACUGACGGAUUGGGAGGAAGUGACGGAACGUUGUCACGUCCGUCAGGCAUCGCGGGUCUUACGGAGAGGUAUGAAAUAUGUCGGUGCCGGGCGGCGGGUUUCCUUGGGUAACGCAACACCUGGUGGUGUAUUACUCUACUUUUGCAGUGAGUUUGCUUGCAAUUUGGAUUGGGGAACUGGUAAGUGCCUUCGGGCAGGUGUUGGGGGGUUCUACACUCGGUUGUCGAACCUCAGUCGGUUAAGGUAACGAUUCAGUAGGGUUGUUCAAGAACGGAUGUGUCUGAUAAAGGAGGUUUGGUAAAGCUAUAUUCCCUGCCGGGGUCAGGGGUAUGCCCGGUGUUAAGCGCAUCAUGCUACUUGGAGCUUUGCCCGGACAUCCCGGGUGGCUUACUGGUAAAAGGGGACAGAUUGGUGCUGUCACGAUUAAAUUCCCGCAGGUGUUUGUUCGGAGGGGUUUGACAAUGUUGGGUUUGGAUCCCGGGCACUUUGGGACCCAUUCUUCCCGGAUGAUGGCGGUAAUAAAGGUGCCCCGCCUGGUUUUAAGUGAGGACCUAGGGAAACGUUUAGGCAGGUGGGAGUCAGUACGGUUUAAGUCCUGUUUCAGGCCAGUCUAUUUGGUUUAAUGGCUAUGGAUGUAUGGGUUUGUGUUUGGGGCUAUGCCUUGUCGCUAAUUACUUUCGUUUCAGGUUUGGUGACAUAGUUGGUGGGUCAUUCUUAUAUCUAAGGGGCACAGAUGGGAGCCGCGUUUCGGUUCAAACGCAUCUGGGCUUUCCAUUGGAAUUGGUGGAGCAGGAGUGGUUUUGGUUUUUGGGGAUUCCGGGAGGUAACAAGGGGUACUGUCCAGGACAUUCUGGAUAUUGGCAUGGUCCCGGAAAAGGAAUUGAUCAGGUGGAGGCAGAGGGAGGUGGACCGGCUAUGGGAGCUGGCCACGGGUGUGGUGGUGGUGUGGUCCGAGAUGGUUCCUCGGUUACAUUGGAGACAUACUACGUACCCAGCCUUGGUAGCUCGGUGUCGAGGACGACUUAAUAAAAAAUUGAUGGCGGUAUUUAUCAGAUGUGGGGGCGGUGUAACAGUGAGACACAAUGAAUUGGGAGGAAAGCUCCCUGGGUACUCCAGGUGGGAUGGGGUACAUUUUCGGAUGUAAGGUGUGAUCUGUUUAAAUUGGGCCUUCAGGAAGGCAUUCAACAGGCCUUAUUCCGGUGUGGUGGGGGUCGCUCAGGAGCUUUAGGUGUCAAGUCCUGAGCUGUGGCGGGGAAUGGCCUGGUUAAAUCGGAGGGUAGAUGGAGGAGAAAGUGGGCAUCCUGAGGUUUAGUGUGGAUUGGGCAGUGUUGCACGUGGUUGGUAGGUUCGAGCCCGUCGGUGGCUCCGAACCUGGGGGUGUGGUGGUGUCUUGGUACACCCUACACUGGAACUGGUGGGUAGCGGUGUCUUGGUACACCCCUACAAUGGAUAUGGUGGGUAGCGGUGUCUUGGUACACCCCUACAAUCGAUAUGGUGGGUAGCGGUGUCUCGGUACACCCCUACAAUUUAACCUGGUGGAAAUGUGGUCAAAUUGGGCGGCCAGUUUCUGUGUUAACAUGUUAUUUAGAUUGUUAUCUAUUGUUAUUAUUGUGGGGUCAUUGCUAGGGGUAUGUUAUGUAUAUGGGGGAGGUUAACAUUAUUAAGCUUUGUUGGCAAUGACCCCAUUUGUUAUUCCUUAAUUAUUUUAUUAAUAAUUUAAUAAAGCUGUGGACGAAUUAUUUCCAACAGUAUAACCUGUGUCCGUGUCUUAACGGGGGGUUAGGGUAAGGUUAGCGCAUAUGCCGGCAAAUCCGACUGUGCGCCUGUCAAGUUGGAAAUCACAGAGACGCAUGCAGCAAUAAGCUGUAACAAUGCAAUGAGCUGUAAGAAUACAAUGAGCUGUAACAAUGCAAUAAGCUGUAACAAUGCAAUGAGCAGUAAUAAUACAAUGAGCUGUAAUAAUGCAAUGAGCUGUAAUAAUACAAUGAGCUGUAAUGAUAAACUGAGCUGUGAUAAUAUGAGCUGUAAUAAUAUGAGCUGUAAUAAUACAUUGUAAUAAUACUCCAUUGUAAUACAGUAAUAAUUAUUGCCAGUCUAGCCUUCAUGACAUUCUGCUUCUAUUCGCUUUACUCUGCCAUUAGCAGGACAGUGAGUGGAGUAAUAUAUCUUAUUUCUUGUCCUAGGGCUGCCGCAGGAUAAUUUUUUGGUGCAGCUGUCUUGCGUGAGGUACGCCGACCAGGACAACUCAUUCCGUUACCCCAACUUCAUCUGUUGCCUCCUAAAACUGAAAAGUGUGAUAGGUGAGGACAGACGUCAAAGACAGACAGACCAUUGUUGCCCUCCAAAAUAUGAACAAAAUUAAUAUUGGUAAGGUAGAUGUGACAUCUCUGUAUUAUCAAUCGAAGAGCAGGGAACCAAGCCCAAGUUUUGGUCAAGCCACUCAAACCGUGUGAUCCAGAACCAGGUGCAAUGUCCACUGGCUACCAUAACCACUACAUUGGUACGUAGUGCUUAUGGUGCCUAGACUGCCGCUGAAUGUAUCAAUUCAUGGAACAUUCCAUAAACCCCAUAAAUGAACGCCGUUACACAGCUAUAACUAUUUCUCCAUCUUGCACAGGUCAUGCAUGGUGCCUCUGUACAUAUUAAUGUCUUUUUAACAAUCAUUACAAAUGUAAACCCUCCACUUUGAGAUGUUACAGGGAAAAGCUUUCCUUCCCACGGUUUGCACGGUGUGCUGUGUCGUUUAACUCCGCCAUGUCUUUCUAUGAGAGCACCGGUACUGCAGUUGUAUGUAUAAAGCUGAUGCGAGUAGCUUUGUUCACUAAUUGAUUCAUUUUUUUCAUGAAUGAAAUUACUUCCAAGUUCUAAACUGCUUAUUUUCGCGAAGCCCAAACUGACCAGCUGCGUGAUGACUACCUUAUCUUCGCGGUUUUAAUAAAUGUAAAUUUUUUUUUGUAUUGUGUUAUCCCAUAGCUCAGUGUCAUCCCGCAAUAGAUAUACAGCUUUUACAAUAAAUGUUUGAAAAGUGACGUCUAGCUCCGUGUAAUCCACUGAUGUGUUUUCUGCAGGGCUUUUUCAGGCCGCGGACCGCUCGGGCUCUGGCACAGUGACCUUAGACUAUCACCAGGUAAGUAGUGAUCCGAUAAAGGCAAUAAAUAACCAGGGGAGUAAGGCUAGCCACAGAAAACAUGGAUUCAAUCAGACAACCACAGGCUGUUCCGGUCAAAGCCGUUAAAAUGAGCCGUCUGGCUAUUCUAUCCAAGUUCCAACCCAUAAUUUCUAUGGACAACCAAAUGGCGAAAACGGCACGUGAGGGCAUAUUCACUAGCACCAAAUUCUAGUGAAUGGCAAAAUUGAAGUUAAAAUUGCAAGCUGUGACUAUGGCAGGCUUGGAUAAUGUGCAAUUCACAGUAAUUCGGUGGUUACUGAAUAUAUCUCACGUCUUAAAUUCACUAAACCAAGAGCUGUGAUGAAUUAACAAGUGGAUGGCCGAUAUUAAGCUGAAUAAACCAACUUGGAAAUAGGCCAAUUCGAGAUUUAUUCAGUUUGGCUAAAAUGUGCAAUUUCCAUAUAAUUAUGUGUAUAUUAGCUGAGAUCACUUGCUAACGUGCUUGUUUUCCGGUAACAGUGGCUGCGGCUGGCUAUGUACAGCUGA